AUGAAAACGGAUGUAGUAGCCCAAAUCGAAGUUAUACCGUGCAAAAUCUGCGGAGACAAGUCAUCAGGGAUCCACUAUGGAGUUAUCACAUGUGAGGGGUGUAAGGGGUUCUUCCGGCGCAGCCAACAGAACAAUGCCUCAUACUCAUGCCCACGUCAGCGGAACUGUCUGAUCGACAGAACCAACCGGAACCGAUGCCAGCACUGCCGGCUACAGAAGUGCCUGGCACUUGGCAUGUCCAGAGACGCGGUGAAAUUUGGCCGCAUGUCCAAGAAGCAGAGGGACAGCCUUUACGCUGAGGUCCAGAAGCACCAGCAGCGUUUGCAGGAGCAGCGGCAGCAGCAGACGGGGGAAGCUGAAGCCCUGGCUCGGGUCUACUCCACCAGCCUAAGCAAUGGUCUCACCACCCUUAACCACGAACUGGGCGCCACCUAUGCCAAUGGCCACCUUAUUGACAUGCCCAAAGGACAGGGAGGUACCGGGGCCAAUCCAGGAGGGUUCUACAGUAUGGAAUCCACACAGCCAUCCCCUGACCAAUCAGGACUGGAUAUGGCAGGACUGAAACAGAUUAAGCAGGAGCCCAUCUAUGACCUCACACCUGUGCCCAACCUCUUUAGUUAUGGCUCAUACCAGGAUAGCCAGGUGGUCCCAGGAGUUCCUAUGAGUGAACUAGACAGAAUUGCCCAGAACAUCAUAAAGUCUCAUUUGGAGACAUGUCAGUACACAGCAGAAGAACUGCAGCAGCUUGCCUGGCAAACACACUCCUACGAGGAGGUUAAGAUGUACCAAAGCAAGACACGAGAGGUGUUGUGGCAGCAGUGUGCAAUCCAGAUCACUCAUGCUAUCCAGUAUGUUGUGGAGUUUGCCAAGAGAAUCACCGGGUUCAUGGAACUAUGCCAGAACGACCAGAUCCUUCUUCUCAAAUCGGGUUGUUUGGAGGUGGUGCUGGUUCGCAUGUGCAGGGCAUUUAACCCUUUGAAUAACACAGUGCUGUUUGAGGGAAAAUACGGAGGCAUGCAGAUGUUUAAAGCACUAGGUUGUGAUGAUUUGGUUAGUGCGGUCUUUGACUUUGCUAAAAGUCUUUGUUCACUCCAGCUAACAGAGGAAGAAAUUGCCCUUUUCUCUGCUGCAGUCCUCAUCUCAACAGAUCGGCCCUGGUUGAUGGAGCCCAGAAAAGUCCAGAAACUUCAGGAGAAGAUUUACUUUGCUUUACAGCACAUCAUGCAGAAGAACCAUCUGGAUGAAGAUGCUCUAGCCAAGCUGAUCAGUCGUAUUCCGACAUUAUCAGCGCUGUGUACGUUACACACAGAGGAACUGCAAGCAUUUCAGCAGCUACAUCCAGAGACGGUCAACGUGCUCUUUCCUCCGCUUUACAAGGAGCUGUUCAACCCCGACGCGGCUAAUACAAUACCCAAGUGA